AAAUUUGACUAUUUGUUGUUUCGAGUUUCGUUAUUUAAAUUGCACGUCUUGCGUGAGAGAAUUUCGACAAAGACUGCGCGGCGCGCAAUUCACUGCAAAAUCAGUUUGCCAAUCGCCCCGAACGCACAAAACUCUAUCACUACAGAGGAUCCCGCUUAAAAGGAACGCGCAAGAUCACCAUGGCGAACUAUUACUAUUUCGACAUCAAACUUAAACUUCGGGAUCCGACUGCAGUUGCUUUGACCCCAUCUCUGUUUCGAAGCUGCGUUCUUGACGCCCUGGACAGUUUCUUCUGCGAGGAGAAACCCACACUGGAGAUCGUGAAGUUCUGCGCCCAGCAACAUCGUGUUAUCUUUCGAGUGCCAGAGCAACUGCACGACAUGACCCGCAUAUCCAUUGAGCUCAUCGGUCACUACCAGCAGAUACCCUGUCAUUUUGAGAUCUUGGAAACAUCCAAAUCAUCGCUGGACUUUGAGAAGAGCAUUGAAAAGACUGUCGCGGUUGUGUCCGAUGAUUAGGACUAGCGAAUUGUAAUACUCAGUGUAAUAUACAUUAUAACCGUCAUG